AUGGGUGGCAGCUCCUGGGGCUGCAUGGACAUGAUGGGGUUUGAAAACUCGGAUAUUUCCGUGGUCUGCGGCGCCCAGACGAUGCAGCUCAGCAUCUACGUCUGCCCCAUCUACCAGGCUCAGUACAACGAGACUCAAAUGGCGCUGAACAACGAAUACAACAACCCCAGUUGUUUUGGUGACGUUGACCUGAGCGCCGACCCGCCGGUGUUAGAAUUCAGUUUCCCCAUCAACGAGACCUCGGGCCCCGUCUGCGGCAACACCUUCGAGAUCACGGAGGAGGUCGGGACCGGAAUUUUUUCCGAGUUCUCCAGCGUCCAGUAUGCGACCAUCUCUGGAGAGGUGGUCUCCAUCGACCCGUCCGGGGGGACGAUCACGUACCUGCCGCAGAUCAUUUACAAGUUCUCCUGCAAGUACCCCAUGCAGUACCUCCUGAACAACACUCAGCUGGGCGUCUCGGGUGUGAACCUGGUGGUGAACGACAACAACGGCAGCUUCAUCAGCACGUUGAGCAUGCAGCUGUACAGCGAUGAGCAGUACACGCAGAUAAUGACGAUGCCAGAGUCAGGAAUCAGACUGAAGACCAAGAUCUACGUGGCAGUCAUCGCCACCAAUCUGACAGUCGGGUUCAACGUGCUGCUGGAUCGAUGUUACGCCACAACAAGUCCUUACCCCACUUACACAACGUUCUACGACCUUUUCGUAGGGUGCACGCUUGACAAGCAGACGACCGUCAAGCUCAACGGCCAGGCUCAGGUGGCCUACUUCUCCUUCGAGGCCUUCAGAUUUAUCGAUCACAAAAACCUCACCGUGUCCGUGUUCUACCUGCACUGCAUCACCAGGCUGUGUAAGGUGUCCGAGUGCCCCGAUCUGAUGCCGAACUGCGGCACCACCAUCAGCGCCAGGAGAAAAAGAGCCGCCCCAGAUGCCACUGCCAACGCCACUGUCACCUCGCGCGCCAUUAUUGUCGGCAAACAAACAGUGGAUGACAUUCAAACAAACAUGGCUCCUGUCGGCUCGCAGGCUCAGACCCAGUACAGCAGUCCUGUGGUGGCCGUCAUCGUGUGCAUCGUGGUCCUCACCAUCCUCUUCAUCGGCAUGUCUGUCUAUCUGGGCUGCUACGUCAGACAAGGGAAACUCGUCAUGCACUAA